AUGUCGUCGUCGGAGGACAACGCCGUUCGCCUGCAAGCGAUGCAGGAUGCGUGCACCGCGGCCGGGGACGACGUCCGCGCGCUGAAAGCGAACAAGGCGGACAAGACCGAGAUCGACGCCGCGAUCGCGAAGCUGAAAGAGCUGAAGAUCGCGCUCGACGUCGAGGUCAAGGCCGCGAUGGCCGCGGGCGACGAGAAGCUCGCGGAGAAGGAAAACUUCCGGAACAAGAUGUCCGGCGCGCUCGAACAGAGGUUGUUUUACAUCCCGUCGUUCAAGAUCUACGGCGGCGUCGCGGGCCUGUACGACUACGGCCCUCCCGGUUGCGCGGUGAAGUCGAACCUGCAGGCGUUCUGGAGGCAGCACUUCGUCCUGAACGAAGGAAUGCUCGAGCUCGAGUGCCCGUCCGUGACCCCGGAGGUCGUGCUUCAAGCCUCCGGGCACGUCGAGAAGUUCACGGACCUCAUGGUGAAAGACGUCGUCACGAAGGACUGCUUCCGCGCCGACCACCUCGUCGAGGAAAACUUGGAACGCAUUCUCGCGGACCCCAUGACGCCCGCGGACCGAAGAAGAGAGCUCGAGGACAUGCUCGCGAGGAUCGAGGAGUUCACCGCGGAAGAGAUGGGCGCCGCGAUCGUGAACCUCGGGAUCAAAGCCCCGGAGACGAAGAACGACCUUUCGGCGCCGUACCCGUUCAACCUGAUGUUCCCGACGCAGAUCGGCCCCAGCGGCGCGGCGCAGGGGUUCUUGCGACCGGAGACCGCGCAGGGGAUCUUCGUGAACUUCCGCGACUUGCUGUAUUACAACGGCGGGAAGCUUCCGUUCGCGGCCGCGCAGGUUGGGCAGUCGUUCCGGAACGAGAUCGCGCCGCGCGCGGGUUUGUUACGCGUCAGGGAGUUCACGCAAGCGGAGAUCGAGCACUUCGUGCAUCCGGAGAAGAAAGAGCACGCGCGGUUCAACGAAGUCGCGGACGUGGAGCUCAACUUGUUCUCUCGCGACGCGCAGCUCGCGGCGGUGAAGAAGCCGUUCUUGAUGACCGCGAGAGAGGCGGUCGCGAAGGGGAUCGUCGCGAACGAAACCUUGGCGUACUUUGUCGCGCGCACGCACGUGUUCCUCGAGAAGAUCGGCAUCGACCUGAAGCGUCUGCGGUUCCGCCAGCACUUGCAGCACGAGAUGGCGCACUACGCGGAGGACUGCUGGGACGCGGAGAUCGAGUGCACGUACGGAUGGAUCGAGUGCGUCGGCCUCGCGGACCGGAGCGCGUUUGACUUGAAAGCGCACAGCGACAAGAGCAAGGUUGAGCUCACCGCGUACGAACGCUACGACGAGCCGGUCAUCUCCGAGGUUUUCGUGUGCGAGCCGAACAAGAAGGACAUGGGCAAGGCGUUCAAGAAGGACGCCAAGGCGGUGACGGACGCGCUCAUGGCGUUAUCCCAAGAGGACGCGUUCGCGCUCGCGGCGAAAAUCGACGCGGACGGCGCGGCGACGCUCGCCACCGCCGCGGGCGAGAAAGAGAUCCUCCCCGGGAUGGUCAGCGUGCGCAUGGAGACGCAGAAGCUCAGCGGGCGGAAUUUCACGCCGUCCGUCAUCGAGCCGUCGUUCGGGAUCGGCCGCAUCAUGUACUGCAUGUUCGAGCACUCGUUCUACGUCCGCGGGGACGACGAGCAAAAGACGGUGUUUAAGUUCUCCCCGCUCAUCGCGCCCAUCAAGCUCGCGAUCUUCCCGCUCGUGAACGACUCCGGGAUGAACGCGCACGCGGAGAAGCUCUCCAGGGAGUUGUCCUCCGAGGGCGUCUCCACGAAGUUGGACACGACCGCGACGACGGUGGGGAAGCGGUACGCGCGAAACGACGAGCUCGGGAUCCCGUUCGCGGUGACGGUGGAUCACCGGACGCUGCAGGACGGCACGGUGACCGUGCGCGAGCGAGACUCGUGCGAUCAGGUCCGGGUUCUCAGCGCGGACGUGCUCGCGCUGGUGAAGAGGAUGUGCGCGCUGACGCACACGUGGGAGGACGCGACCGCGGGGUUGGAGAAGCAGGCCGCGGCGGCGGAGUGAGGAGAGAGGACGGGAAGGAAAAGUUCAGGGUGAAAUCUGCUUUGAAAUCUUAGCCUCUCGACCCGCGGUUCGCGAUGAAAAAGGACGUUUCUCAUCGACCGCGCGAUCG